AUGAUCAUGGCAAGGGAUGCAGACAAGUCAGAUGAUCCUGACGCGCAAGCUACUCUGACGGACUACCUCGACUACACUGAGUAUUUACCUUCGGACCUCAACCGAGCUCUCACGCUCAUCGGCAAGCUUGACGAAACAUAUUUGGCCAGAGCAAACAAUGUUCACGAGCUUUCGAAGCAGUAUGGAGCUUUGCCCGCGUCUUCUAACUCCAAAAAUUCCGAUUCGCAAGCCCUUCGGGCGGACUUGUCCUACAACCUCAACAGCGCGAUUAAGGCUCGCGAAUCAGCAUACGGGGAAGCUGAAAGACUCAAUGAAAUGGUGAACAGACACUAUAAUCGACUUGUCGGGAUCAAAACAAAGCUACUCGCCCUGCCCAAACCACCAUCAAGGGAUCCUACACCAGUUGCCCGGUCGCCUCAAGUAACUCGCAAGACCCCACCUGCGCGCAUCACACUUCGCCUGGACAGCGCAAGGUUCGCGGCCACAGGGGGAAGAGUUGCAGAUAAAGAGAGGAAGAGGGUACAUCGAAGCCGAAGAAUCACUGUGCCUGGAGAGGUGCUUCCCCCACCAAACCCAGAUUCGCCUCAAACAUAUUCGGACUCAGAUUGGGAAUCGAUACCUCCAUCUCCGCUUCCCAUGCCAACAUCUCGUGUUGGUGGCUCUCGAUCGCGAUCUCAUAAGCCUGCACGCUUGAAACCACCGAGGCUGCCUAAAAUACCCAAAGAUCGUGGUCCUAGACCACCGCGGCUUCCUGGUAUGGGAACGAACGUACACAGCUCAGUUGCAGGAAUAUCGACUAGCAAUGCCUUAUCAAUGCUGCAGAAACCACCUCCAGAUGCCAUGCGAGGAAGUGAAUAUGCGCCAUGGAUGAGACUUACCGAAUAUGAAAUGGCUUUGCUAAGGAAAAGGAUGAAGAAGAAUGCUAUCUGGACUCCUAGCGAGACCAUGAUUAGACGUGAGCUUGCGCAAGCAAAUCGUGGUCCUGACAACUAUCGUAAACAGAAGGCUGAAUGUGAGGAAGCUGAGGAGGAAUUUCUGGAUGUUGACAAUAUUGCAUCCUCCACUCCCGGGAAACCUCUGGCGCCUGGUGAGAUAAGUGCGGAUGCAUUGGCUAUGGGCACGUCAAACCUCCAAAAUCGGGGAAUGAAAUUGAACGAGGCCAAGAAACAGAAGCGAGAAGCUUUGCUGCAAGCAUCACUUCAGGAAGCACAGCAAGCAAAUAAACGACUCGAGAGCAUUGGCAGCGAUUUCAAGGAUCUCUUCACAAAACCGCUCCCUCUUUCUCUUGAAAGUCCCUUGCUACCAAAAGGCCUGCCUAAUGGCACCACUCCAAAGAAAGAUCAAUCUGCCAAGAAGAAGAAAAAGAAGGCGAAGGAAGAAGAGAAGGCAGUUGAAGGACAAUCUUCGAAGAAGAGGAAGCACUCAGACACUGUUGUGAAUGGAGCGUCAUCAGCCCCACCUUCUACAAAGUCCCCCUCGGACGACAACCCUGGCCCAUCACCGGACAAGCCAUUGUUCAAGAAACGGAAGGUCCAGCCAACGACUCCUACUACGAUUGAAACCGUUAUAACUACGGUUCCCUUAGCUUCCCCAGCUCCAGCUGCCCCUUCUGCGCCGGAGCCUGUCAGGCAGAGGACUAAGUCACCAAUUCCAAAAACCCCUUCUAUGCCAGCACCUCAGAGACCAACACCAUCUACUGCGCCAACCCGAGCGCUGACAAUCGCCACCGCCACGUCAUCCCGCCCCCGCCGUGUAUCUCUAACACUACGGGGCCCAGCUUCACCAAGUAACAAGGAAAAGGUUGUAGCUGCUUCAACACGCUCAGUACCUAAGCAAGGAUCCUCAGCACCGUCAUCAGCAACGUUACCUCGAGAACGUCCUCGUCGAGCAUCGGCAACACCGGCAACACCGGCAACACCGGCAACACCGGCAACACCGGCGACCCCGACAACCCCCGCUCCAGUCCUUACUGCUGCUUCGAGACGCAGUAAACGACCUGCGCCUGGUGCAGUGUUGCAAGACCACGAAGGCGGCGCCGCAGUCACGGUAGGCAAACGUACUAGGCCACCUAGAGACGACAAGACAGCUAUGGAUAAGUGGGCGGGCAACGUUACGGGGAAGCAAAAGGACGCAAAGGAAAAGGAAAAGGAAAAGGAGGCGCAGCGAGAUCAGGCAAUGGGCGGGGAGCUCAUCGAUCCUGACGAGCCUCGUUAUUGCAUCUGUGGAGAUGUCAGCUGGGGAGAAAUGAUUUGCUGUGACAAUGAUAACGUAUGGGAAAUCCCUCGAAUGGUGCUCUCGAAUAGUAUUGCUAAUCAUCAUUCAUGCAGUGCGAACGGGAAUGGUUUCACUUCAGCUGUGUGGGCUUGA